AUGCUGGGCGCGUCGUCUCUAGACCCGUCGUCGUCAACGUCUCCGUGGCAUUCUGCACCUACUGCUGUCGGACAUCCAUCUUCUAAUGCACAACCAUCCAAGUCGGUACCAUCCCCUGCGAAGACGGAAACGGACACUGCUACUUCAACCUCGCAUGACGUCAAAGACGAAUAUUCUCAGACCAAAGGUGCCAUGCAGUGCACGACUUCACGGGGCACAGGCCCACAGGCAGGAUCUGUAUUUCUCUGUUGUUGCACUCCUUCUUCAGUUUUGUUGUUUCAAUGGUAUGAACCUCUGAACAAAUUCUUGCUCGUGAGGUCAUCUGAACUUGACAGUUCCUUACGAUUUCCGCUAAGUCCUUUUGAGUUGAUCAACGCACGCACCGAUUUUCCUCAGCUUUGUGUUGGUGUACAGGCUACUAGAAUCGUUCAUUUGGAUCGCUUCGCAUUCGAUAGCUGUUUUGAGAUAUUGAAUCCGACGGAAACUCUUGACGUUUCUAUGUUCAACAACGCGAAGCUUGAUGUAGUGGGAAUGUCGCAGAUUGGGAAGGAUUCGUUACUGUUUGCCUACAAAAACAAGCUGGUUCCCCCUUCUGCUGCAUUUCAAUCGGGCUGUAGAGACCUGAGAGAUACUUUGAGCAAAUCUCAAAGUAUGCGACUCAUGGACAAUACUGGAGAUUGGCGAAAAGAUGUGAAUGCAACCGAUAAAGAUGGUUAUACUCCGUUGCAUUACGCUGUUCAAACUGGACAAAACACAGGAAUAACUAAGCCAGCUGGAAUAACGCAGCGAUAUAUAUGUGUGGCAGCUCAUGAUGGUAAUACAGCCAGCCUUGCUUAUGGCUUACUGAUUUUUGAAGCACGUCAUUUUCUUUGUCGUACUUCUUUGUUAACUGUUGUACUUCUGAAACUUGGUUUCUGUUCCAUAUGCUGA